GCUCGAUUCAAGGCACAGAACAAAGACAAUGAACCGACCGGCUGCUUCCAAACCAGUUCUGUUCGUCACAGAUCUUGAUGGAACGUUGCUCCACACCGAUCACACCAUUUCUCAGCGCACUGUCAAAGCGUUGACUCGAGCGCAAGAAGUCGGUAUCCAAGUUAUGAUAGCCUCGGGAAGAUCACCUAGAAGUGUCCACAAAGUGAUCGAUCAUCUUGGCGGCCUCGUUCCCGAUCUGACGAUAUGUUGCAACGGAGCCAUUAUUUACGAUGCCCAACAACGACGUGUCCUACAAAAGGACGAGAUAUCGGUUGAUGUGGCCAGAACGUUCAUCCAAGACAUGCUCAAAGUUUUGCCAAAUGCUGGAAUAGCUUGUGAAAUCACAACAGAAACUGGAACGGAAUUCCGAUGCAAUCAUGAGUUCAAACGAGUUCGAGAACAAUACAUUUAUUAUGAGAUUGAAGAAUUUGAGGAUUCUCUCAAGAUGCUGGACGGUGUAGCCGGUAGUAACAAAAUUCUGAUCCUAUGCCAAGGAUGGAACCCUGCAGAAAUGUACGCAGUGUGUCCCAAAGAGUACUUGGACAGAGAGUACAGCCCUGUCACCAUCUCCUACAGCAAUUCGUUUCAGCUUGAAAUAUCAGCGCAAGGAAUUAACAAAGGCAGUGCGUUGAGCAGAUAUUGCGAAUCAAGAGGAAUAACGCCAGACCAAGUGGUCGUGUUUGGAGAUGAAAUGAACGACUAUGAAAUGGUGGCCUGGGCAGGUACUUCCAUUGUUAUGUCCAACGGCUCUACUCGCACAAAGAGCGUCGCUACCAAAGUGACGGUCAGUAAUGACGAGGAUGGUGUUGCUGUAGAGGCCGAAGCUUUAUUAGAAAAAUAUUACCCUUAAAUAAAACCAUUACUAGACAAUCAAUCGUGAGUAGCAUUAACGUGCGGAAUUUCAAAACUAUGACGAGAACUUAUUUUGACCCUCCCGGCCAC